ACAAGUAUAAACGUGCACGUAGCUUUGUUUGUGGCUCUCUCGAAAAACGCGGUAAACGCAUAAGUUUUGCGAAUUGUAUGCAACGUGCUGACAAGUGUUAAAGCAAGAUGUAGAUGAAGUAAUUAACGUGUAGACAAUUUGACUCUGCUUUCUAUGAAUCUGCGUAAAACAUAAGUCAUGUCAAAAACUCGAAAACGUGUAGCUGUCGAAAAGGUAACAGAGAAACAGACAGUAACCAAAGUUAUUCGUAAAACAGCUAAAAAAAGUGUUAAUGCGACCCUUAAUGCAUCUCCUAAGGACUCAAAACCUCAAAUUAGGCAUUUGAGAAAUAAAAGAAAAAAUGACAAUGAGAAGACUAGUGCUUCGAAAAAGACAGGAAAAGAGACAUCGAAGAAAGGGUCAUCGCUCAAGGGAAGCAAUGGAAUGAAGAGUAAAUCACCAGAAAACGUACUACUGAAUAAAAGGAAAAAUACUGAAGUAAAUACUGAAAACCUGCCAACUAUAGAAAUAACAAAAAAGUCAUCGGAAAAUGUACCAUUAAAGAAAAGGAAAAUUACUACUGCAAACACGGAAAACCUGCCAGGUAAAACGAAAAAGAAGGAGGUGCGGAAGAAUAUAAAGGAAAGUGUCGAAACUGAUUCAGAAGAAAAUAGGCUAAAGAAUGGUUUACGACAGGCAAAGUUAGAGGACUCGUUUGCUAAGCAGACAUUGGAUAGUCAACGUAAAAAGAAGGCUGCUACAAAGACAGCUUCAAAAACUGAAUUAAGCGACAGUAUUACAGCUGAUAAAGUAGAGAUAUCAAAUGUCAAAAAGACACCGAUUUACAAAGGCGCUAAACUGCCCGAGGAGAAUGUAGCCGAUAGAAGUUUGGUAUAUGAUUUCCCAGAGGAGAAGAAAUUUAAAAAAAGAAGAGCGCCUAGAAUGAGUGUAGCGAUAAAGAAAUUUCUAAGUGCACGAAAAGCUGCCACAAAUGUAAAAAUUCUGAAAGUAAAAAGUACAAAAGUUCCUAAUGUAGAUUCUACUUCCUCAGCUGUGAGUGACAUCCGAUGUCAGGCAGACAUUGCUUUACGGCAAACGACUACACCAAAACGGAAAGCUGUUCCUAUAAAAAAACUGAGAAAAGAUGAACAUAGAACACAAUUACCUCCAGUAUAUGAUGCAAAGGCAGAGCAUCAUUCCAGGGCGCAAAGUGUUUCCACCAGUGGUUACACAGCCCCUGAUAGAGUAACGCUUUUAAAUAAUAGUAUUUUAUCAUCUUUCGAUGCAUCAAAACCAUGGAGAUACCCACCUUGCAUCGCAUUCUCUCCUCUUUCUUUUUCCAUUCUCCAAAGAACGAUAAUAAAAACCUGUUUGCCUCCCCAUAAUAAAUCUACGUCUGGCUCAACAGACAACGAUCUGCCGACAUGUGAAAGAAAGUUAAGUAACGAGAUAAAUGAUGAAAAUGCAAAUUCACCAAAAGUGCUAGACAAACAAAAUUGUAAGAAAAAUGAAUCGGUUAAUGGUUCACCCUUGGUAUCGAAGAACGAAAUUUCUAGUAUACAGAAAUGUUCAAUUUCUGCUAAUAACAGUGGCGAAGUCAACUCCAAUAAUUCAGUAACUCAUGUGCAUGAUCUGAUUGAAAACGAUUGUGACAAAGAAAAUGUAAAUCCAAAGUGUAGUACUCCUAGAUUACAAAGAGAACAUUUUGCUCUCAUGGAUACAUCCUGUUCCCAAAAUUCUAACUCUACUGAUAAAGAAAAUACAACAGCCAUGGUAUUAACCGAUUCGAGAAUCUUGAAGCAAACAAACUUAAAUAAUUUUCUAAAUAUAGCUGAACUACCAGAGGUUACCAACAUCAAAACGGAACAUGGGAUUUUCAUGGAUCUGCACUCUACCCCAGCGAGAAGUAAAUUCAAACAGAAGACUCGAAAAGAACCAGGAGUAGAAGAAGCUUUCGGAUUCGAAUAUGACUUGAAUAUCGAUUUUUCUCCAAUAGUAAAAACACAGAAACAAAAAACAUUGUCUAAAAAAGUACUUCAGGAGAAAAAUAUAAAUCUAACACAUACAAAUGACCGUCGUGCCUUCAUCAAAAACGCAUUAUCUUUACAGUCACCCUCUAUAAAUCAAACAAUAGCUGGAUCUCCAAAGUCUUCAACAAUACACAAUGAAACUAAGGACAAUAAAGUUAUUGAAAAAGUUAAUAAAGUCACUGUACCAAAUAUAUUGGAAUCCAACACGUUUUCCAACACCUUUGACAUCUUAUCUAAAGAAGAGCAGAAAUCAGAGGAAAACUUACUAUUAGAAACUCCUUUGUUUCCUGACUUGGAACCCACACACUUUUUAAAGCCACCAAUAAGUUGCUACAAACGAAAGAGGGCAGUUAAUCUCAGUUUCUUAAGAGAACAUAAUGAAGAAGAAGACGAAGGCAAAGUAGAUGAAGAUAUUCCGCAUGAUGAUAAUGAUGAUAAUAAAGGAGAGGAAGAGGGACCUGUACCAAAAAGGAGGAAGCUUACCUAUUCGCAGCCAGAAGACGAAGAUGUAACAAAUGAGGAAACGUUAAUACAGUGGGCUCAGUCCAUCAAUGAAACUUUUGAGCAAAUCGAUAACCAUGACUUAGUAGUUGAACGAUCUGAUUUGCUAACUGAACAAAAAGAUUGAAAGUCUACAUUUUUGUGAUAAUCAUUACACUUAUGUUAUUUUUAAGUUUAAAGCCAAUACUUUUUUGUAAAGAGAGACCUGGAUUACCCAGUUUAUAAUAUAUCCUAUAUUGUUAUACUUUUAUGGUUAUUAAGACAAAUGUUUGCAGCAAACAUUUUACAGCUAAUGCUAUUUUUAACGUUAAUUUAAAGUGCUCCACGAAGACUUUCUAUAUUUAAUUGAUACUUCCGAGCUUACAACUUAUACAUGACAUACGACUUUAAUCUACACCGUUAUUAAAAAUCAUUUCAGUUCAACUUUUAUUCUACACAUCGAUGACAUGACAAAUAUUUUUUUUUACGUAUGAAAGAGAUUCUGCACGAAAGCCUUUGUCAUAAAUACUGGUUUUAUUUUACGUUAAUUAUUCACAAAAGUGUUUUAUUAGUUUUUUUUUUCUCAAUUUGGAAGAAUGUUUCAACAAUAAAGUAAGAGACAUGUCAGCGUCUUAAGAGCUUGUAA